CUUAUUUUUUGUCAUCACAAUAAAAGCAUAAUAAAACUAAGAAAAAUAAAAACUUCAACGAAGUAUACGAAGAAUAUUAAAACACGAAAAUCUCACACAAUGUUUGGAUUUUAAGACAAUUAAUCGUAUUUUCAAAUGUCGUGUUUUAUGCCGAGAUAACAAUUGUUUAAUAUUUUGUGCUAUUUUUCUGAACAAUUAACAUGAAAAUUCAAUUUUAAGGCCUAAUAUUCAGGCAAUGAAUGUGUGAAUCAAUUAUGUAAUUAACAAACAAUACAUCGGAUUGUGGAGAAAAUAUCAAAAUUGUUGUGCAUAUGAACUGAGCUUUGGUUUUGUGUGCAAUACUGAGCUGAAUAUCAUAUCAACAUUAAUAAUGGGAUCGAGUAUCUCGAGUGGAAAGCAUUCAAUACUGGACUCUUUGCCCACUUCUCAUAAUUUACAUAUAGUUAUGUUGGGCUUAGACUCGGCUGGAAAGACGACAGCCCUCUACAGACUUAAGUUCGACCAGUAUUUAAAUACUGUGCCCACCAUUGGCUUCAAUUGCGAAAAAGUCAGAGCACACACUGGAAAGGCUAAGGGGACAUCAUUUCUAAUAUGGGAUAUCGGAGGUCAGGACAAACUACGACCCCUCUGGCGCUCAUACACGCGCUGUACGGAUGGCAUAGUGUUUGUCGUGGACUCAGUCGAUGACGACCGCAUCGAAGAGGCAAAGAUGGAGCUCUUGAGGACCGCAAAGUCACCCGAGAAUACAUGCGUUCCUAUACUAGUCUUAGCAAACAAGCAAGACCUCCCCGGCGCUAAAGACCCCAAAGAAGUGGCCCAAAUGCUGGGUCUCACGGAUCAACUGAGUCAACACCAAUGGCACGUACAGCCCGCCUGUGCCAUCAUCGGCGAGGGCCUCGACGAGGGGCUCGAGAUCUUGUAUGAGAUGAUCGCCAAAAAGAAACGAUUAGCCAAAAUGGAGAAAAAGUUUAAGCGAUAGUCUAUUUAUAAC